CAAAUAAUAUGCUCAAAAUAACUUAAUCUUUUCAUAGUCAUAAUGCUAUAAUAAAUUUGCUGUCAAACCUUGUUUUAGGAAAGACAGAGAAACAAGAAGAAUGAGGAUAAAAUGGUGUCGUACCUAGACUUCAAGAGCUAAAGAAACUUAGCUGAAGACUAAGCUAGCUUAUUUUCAUUGGACUCCCAUGGCCCAGCGGUCCUCUUCCAAUAUCUUGCAAGAUGACAGGAACCAUAAGAGAGCCACUGGACGGUCUAAUCAACGAAUCCGAUUUCCUAGACUACGUCGCUGUUUUGGAAAACUGCACCGAUGAGCACCAAAUCUUAUUCAAGACGCAGUACCUCCCUGCGAUCUACAGCAUCAUCUUCCUUGUGGGCUUCCCGGGGAACACCGUGGCGAUUUCCAUCUACAUUUUCAAGAUGCGACCCUGGAAGAGCAGUACCGUCAUCAUGCUGAACUUGGCCUUGACCGACCUGCUGUACCUGACGAGUCUUCCUUUCCUCAUCCAUUACUACGCGAGUGGUGAAAACUGGAUCUUCGGGGACUUCAUGUGCAAGUUCAUCCGGUUCGGCUUCCACUUCAACCUCUACAGCAGCAUCCUCUUCCUCACCUGCUUCAGCAUCUUCCGGUACAUCGUCAUCAUUCACCCAAUGAGCUGCUUGUCUAUUCAGAAGACGCGGUGGGCGGUGGUAGCUUGUGCAGGGGUGUGGGUCAUCUCAUUGGUGGCCGUCUCGCCUAUCACUUUCCUGAUCACAUCAACCACCAGGACCAACAGGUCUGCUUGUCUUGACCUCACCAGUUCAGAUGACCUCACUACUAUCAAAUGGUACAAUCUCAUUUUGACUGCCACCACCUUCUGCUUGCCCUUGGUGAUAGUGACACUUUGCUACACAACAAUUAUCAGCACCCUGACUCAUGGGCCUCAGACCCACAGCUGCUUUAAGCAGAAGGCCCGGAGACUGACCAUUCUGCUGCUCCUCGUGUUUUAUAUAUGUUUUUUACCCUUCCACAUCCUGAGGGUCAUUCGGAUUGAAUCUCGCCUGCUUUCCAUCAGCUGCUCCAUCGAGAGUCACAUUCACGAAGCUUACAUUGUUUCUAGGCCAUUAGCGGCCCUCAACACCUUUGGAAACCUGCUGCUAUAUGUCGUGGUCAGCAAUAACUUCCAGCAGGCAUUCUGCUCCAUAGUGAGUUGCAGAGCCAGUGGGGACCUUGAACAAGAAAAGAAAGACAGUUGCUCAAAUAACCCUUGAGUCAACGUCACUUAGUGGAGGCUAGGGAGAUGUCUCAGCGGGCACAGACAGUUCUUGACACGCAAAUGCCGGGAUCUGAAAAAGAAUCCUCAUAAUCUACUUAAAUUGGCAGUGGUAGCAAGAACCUGCAAUCCCAGGACUCCUGUGGUAAGAUGGACCUGGGGCAAGAGAAUUCCUACAGGCUCAAGGGCCAGCUAGUCAACUGUAUACUGAGACUAACCUCAAAGAGACCUUGUUUCCAACAAGAUAGAAGACAGGGCUGAUCGUUACACAUGUAUUUACUCCCCUCCCCCACAACCGGGAACAUAUCAAUCACACAUACACAGACACUCAUCAAAUAUUGAACAAUCAAUAAAUCAAUCAGUGCCUCCUGAUAAUUUGUACAGAGCUUCCAAGAGGUCUUCCCUCAGUAGAACAUUUAGUAACUACAGUAUAUUCAGGUCAUUAUGAGCCAAAGCCAUGGACAGGACUCUUAGGAGAUCUUUGCAAUAUUUUUUUUAGAUCUUUGGUUAGAGAAUGAGACACAUGAGUGUCCUGGACGUCCCAGAGUUUUAGAGUGAGGAUGGGACACCAAAUACAACGGAAGUCAAGGGUCUCCUUUCACAACUCGUUGCCUGUCUUUCGUACCUUGAGGCCCAUGUUUACUGAAAUCCUAGAUUAUACUAAGAUUCACUUGUGCCUUCCACAAUACCUUCACAUCUAGGGCAUUUAUGACUUCCUUUCCUUUCCUUUCCUUUUUCCAUGAGAUUAUUGCUCUGAGUGUUGCUUUCAGUUCUAGUUAGGUCUUUAGAUGGAAGGAAGACAUUAGGACACACUUGAAACAGGCCCAGGGACCUGACUCAGUCGGUGAGCGCCUGUUGCGCAUGUCUGAAGGCUUGAGCUUGGUCUCUAGAACCUAGAAGUAAAAGCCAGGUGCCAGUGGCAUGCACUUGGAAUCCCAGAUCUGGGCAGGCAUUGUAACAUGAGGGCCGGCUUGUUGGGGUAUCUGUCCCUCCCAGUACCCCACAACUGGCAAGCCACAAAGAAAAUCACACACAG